GUAGUCCAAGUAGUAGUAGUAUUCUCUGGUAUUUGUUUUAUAAUCCUGCAAAUUGUUGUUAUGUUAAUGGCGGUUUUAGAGCGUUGAGUGCUCUUUCCCUCGCCUUGCUGUAUUAUUUAUUACUUUUAUAUACGAAGAAGAGAAAAGAGGAUAACAAUUUAAAAGGUUUGCCCUUUUCUUUUCCCAACUGCUUCUUUCCCAUACACAAUUUCUGUUUUCUCGCAACGCAAGAGCAUGUCUUCGCCGCUCCUCAAUGGCUUGGCCGCCCCGCUGCUGGAGCCGGAUCACGAUGACCCGCCGCUGCUGCCGCUGCGCCUCCGCCGCUCCGCUUCCAACACCACGUCGCAGGUCGCCAUUGUUGGCUCCAAUAUUUGCCCCAUCGAAAGCCUUGAUUAUGAGUUUUUUGUGCAGGAUAAUAGAGAAUGAUUUUGUCAGGCCUGACUGGCGAAGUAGGGAAUUGGUCGAGAUAUGCCAAUAUACGUUAAUAAAAUGGAUAUUGUGUCUUCUUAUUGGCCAAAUUGUUGGUCUACUUGGAUUCUUCAUCAACCUCGCUGUUGAAAAUGUAGCUGGUCAGAAGUUUGUUGUCACCUCCAACAUGAUGUUGGCCAGAAGGUUCAUGGCGGCUUUCCUCGUUUUUUCAUCUUCAAAUCUAGGCUUGACAUUGUUUGCAAGUUUGAUCACUGCUUUUGUUGCACCUGAGGCUGCUGGUUCAGGUAUACCAGAGGUUAAGGCUUAUUUGAAUGGUGUAGAUGCACCGGCAAUAUUUUCACUCCGGACUCUGAUUGUCAAGAUAGUGGGAAGCAUAUGUGCUGUGUCAUCAUCUCUAAAUGUUGGAAAGGCAGGGCCAAUGGUUCACUGCGGUGCUUGCAUAGCUGCAUUAUUGGGUCAGGGUGGAUCAAAGAAGUUCAGAUUGACCUGGAAGUGGUUGCGUUUUUUCAAAAAUGACCGUGACAGGAGAGAUCUUGUAACUUGUGGAUCUGCCGCAGGUAUAGCAGCUGCUUUUCGUGCUCCUGUUGGUGGUGUGCUGUUUGCUCUUGAAGAAAUGGCAUCUUGGUGGAGAAGUGCUCUGUUGUGGAGAACUUUCUUUACUACAGCUGUUGUUGCUAUAGUUCUUCGGGCUCUUAUUGAUCUCUGUUUGAGUGGUCAAUGUGGCCUAUUUGGCAAAGGGGGGCUUAUAAUGUAUGACGUCACAUCGGUAGAUAUUUCCUAUCACCUCUGGGAUGUGCCUGCUGUUCUUCUUCUUGCAUUUGGAGGUGGCAUAUUAGGAAGCAUAUACAAUUCUCUACUCAAUAAUGUUCUUAAAAUUUACAAUGUAAUUAACAAGAAAGGAGUUGCUUUAAGAAUCCUGUUGGCUUGUUCUCUAUCAAUCUUCACUUCUUGUCUUCUAUUUGGACUACCAUGGCUCGCCUCCUGUCGUUCAUGUCCAUCUGAUCCAUCAGAACCUUGCCCUACUAUUGGUCGGUCAGGGAAUUAUAAGAAGUUCCAGUGUCCUCCUGGUUACUACAAUGAUCUCGCUAGCCUCUUUUUCAACACUAACGAUGAUGCAAUCAAAAACCUCUUCAGCAAAGGCACUGACUCUGAGUUUCAGCGUUCAUCAAUGCUCAUCUUCUUUGCUGCCUGCUUCUUUCUCAGCAUUUUCAGUUAUGGCAUUGUCGCUCCGGCAGGCUUAUUUGUGCCGGUCAUCGUGACCGGUGCUGCUUAUGGACGUUUUGCAGGGAUGUUAUUACUCAGGUCAAAGUCAAAUCUAAACCAUGGACUCUUUGCAGUUCUUGGUUCUGCUUCCCUUCUUGGGGGAUCGAUGAGGACGACAGUUUCUUUGUGCGUCAUCAUUCUCGAGUUGACCAAUAAUUUGUUGCUGCUGCCACUUAUAAUGAUAGUUCUUCUCAUCUCGAAGACUGUGGCUGAUGUCUUCAAUGAAAAUGUAUACGAUCUCAUAAUGACGUUGAAGGGCUUACCUUACUUGGAAGAUUAUGCCGAACCAUAUAUGAGGCAAUUGGCAGUUGGCGAUGUUGUUACAGGCCCACUACAGAUCUUUCGUGGCUUCGAGAAGGUUGCUAAUGUUGUGCAUGUCCUUAGAACCACACGACAUAAUGGGUUUCCCGUGAUCGACGAGCCCCCAUUCUCCGAGUCCCCUGUCUUAUAUGGUUUAAUUUUACGAGCGCAUCUUCUCACAUUGUUAAGAUCAAAAGCUUUCUCACGAACUCCUUCACCAGUUAGCCAAGAUGCCAUUGCGCUCUUUUCAGUUGACGAUUUUUCAAAGAAGGGCUUGGGCCAUGACGAUAGAAUUGAAGAUCUAGCAUUCUCUAAUGAAGAGAUGGAGAUGUACAUAGAUUUGCACCCAUUUACUAACACAUCACCUUACGCCGUCGUGGAGACAAUGUCUUUAGCAAAAGCCCUGAUGCUUUUCCGCCAAGUUGGCUUGAGGCACCUGCUGGUCAUUCCUAAGUUCUCUGGGAGACGUCCAGUUGUGGGUAUAUUGACGAGGCAUGACUUCAGGCCAGAACAUGUCCUAAAUCUGCAUCCGCUACUGGCAAACAGCAGGUGGAAAAAAUUGAGAUUACGGUUCCCUCAACUAAGGAAGCUUGUUUGAGAACCUGAAGUGGUAAAAGCUGCGAGGAAUCUUCAUCAAUCCACAUACUGACAUACACCUAGUAAGUUGAAAGUCAGAUGCUUAGUUCCCUUGAUACGAGAGAGAAAAUUUUGCGCACGCCAUGCUAUUCGAUCUAUAGCCACUGUGAACAAAAGCCAUCUACCAGUUAUUCUUUAUGAGCAUUCAGCGUGCUUACUUGGCUUAAGAAGGUAAAUGAUAACUUAGUACAUAUUUGUAAUUGCAAUACAGAAAGAAAAUAGCUCUACUGGAUCAGUUGCUACAUUUUUUCCCCCUCAUUAUCUUCACCCUAUAAUGCUAGAUUAUGUGUAGACUGUUUGAACUGUAACAUACUUAUAAAUUAUGUUUCACUUUUUAAUGUAACUGUAAAUAACUAUGAUCAGAAGCAAUCAAAAGCCCGUCGGUUCUUGUUGAGAACUGAAACUUGUGAAUA